UGGCCGGGGCUCGACGGAGCUCCCGCGCCUGGCUCGGGCUUCCUUCCUCCUUCGGAGAAUGUCGCCCUUGGCGCCGCGCUCACCGGGGUCGGACACCGGCCGGGAUCGCAGCGCCGUCACCUCACCUCGCACAGCCCGGACCCCGCUCCGAGGACUGCGCUGGGAACAGCGCCGCCACGGCCACCACCACCGCCGCCGCCGCCGCCGCCGCCGCCGCCGCCGCCGCCGCCGCCGCCGCCACUACCACCGCCACCGCCACCGCGGACCCCUCCACUGGGCCGCUGCCGCCGAGAGGAGCCGCGCGCGCGGCCGCCGCGGCCACCUUUAUAGGCGCGGUCCCGGAGUUGCCCCGCCCCUCCGCGCCAGUCUCCGCCCUACUCAGGAACAGAGGAGGCGGGGCUUCCAGGGGCGUCGAGGGCCGCUGCAAAAAGAGCACGGCGGGGAAUGCAGAAUGCGGCUGCGCGCUCCCGCUUAAGGGGCGGAGCUUAACGGGGAGCGGAGUUGAGCUGCUCCGGGAGCGGGUUGGCGACUCCCAACGCGGCUGCGUACUUCGAGCUGGCAGGGGGAAGGGAAGACGCCGAGGGAAAUGGCGCGCGAAGCGUCAAGUGCGGCUGCGCGCUCCCACGGUGGGGCGGAGCGUGGAAAGAUACUCGAAUGCAGCAGCGUGACCUGGCCAGGGGUGGGGGUUGGGAUGGGAGCUGGG